GACGGCCCUCCAAAAUCACUGAAAAAUAUUGUGGUCUUCGUCUUCUCCUCCCACCCUCAGCAGGCGGCGAAGUAGAACAAGGAAGGGUCCAAUAGAAAAGUCUGGAGCAGCUGUGGCGACGGCCACGGCCACGGCCAGGCCACUUUGGACGCAGGCAACGGCAGCCGGGAGUCACCGCCGAUUGUUUCGUCGCGUGCCUGGCCAGGCAGGGUGAAAAGGGUCGGAAAGUAGCGGGGAGUUUCUUCCAACCGCAGCGCACGCAACGAAUCCAGCGACGAAAGGGACGGAGCGAAUGGCAAGGAAGGGUUUGGAUUCCAGCUGAGCCCAGUGCGCGCACGCACGCACGCACACACGCGAGGACGGAGAGCGGAGACAGCCGGAGGAGGCGGUGCUGUGUUUGAUGAGGAAGUCUGGAACAAAAGAGGCUAUCGAGGGAUCUAUCGGAUUUAAGCAUGGGAUUGAUGUGAACCCAUCUUCUGUUUCUACUCAAACAGAAGGAAGACGAUCUGAUUUGAUGAUUCGAGUGUGCAGUUGUACUGGAAGGUCCUCAUUACUUCAUAAUCCUAAUACCAGAAAUAUUAUGAUGACCUGCAAAAGCUGUGGUGGGGAAUCAACAGUUGACCGAGGUGGGUCAUCGUGUAGCAGCAAGCUUAACACCAGCGGCUUGGAGGUCCCCAGACCUAUAGAUCCUGAGGUUAGAUGGAAGACUGUAAACAGAAGGCAAAGAGCUGCAAGGAGAGCAAGGACCUUUUCUGGAGGAGACAGAUUGAAGGAUGAAAUUAGAUCUUUCUAUGCAUGUGGCAAUGCCACGAGUCUAGAAGUGGCAGAAGAAGAGGCUUCAGCCUCUGAAUCUGAGAAGCUUGGGGUAUCUAUUCUUGGUCGGCGCUUUGGUGAUUCCAUGGAAAAUGUUCCAAUAAAAAAGAGAAGAGUUCAUAUGGAUUGUUCUCCAUCACCUCCAUCCACCCCACUGCUAGUGGAUCCUUAUGAAAAGAUACCAAGCAGAUCUGGUGGCGGCAUCUCAUCAUAUGGCAAGCACCGCAAGGUUAAAGCACUAGAGGGCAAGCACAUGGAAGAAAAGAGAGGACCUCUUGAAGCUGCUGAUUUUUCUGGUAUAUCAAUACUGGCUGCUGCUGCCUGUGAAAGCGAGAUGGAUGUUGCUACGUUAAAUGGUGAAUGCUCGAAGUCAGCCCGCUCUCUUGAUGAAAGAAAGCCAGAAAUUAUCUCUGGUAGUUCACUGUUGGAUCCUGUACAUGAAAUCAAAGGGGAUAAGCUAAAUAUCCCAAACAGGGCUCUGAAAUUAUCUGAAACCGCUCCUGACAUGAAGCCCUUAUUUCCCACUACAUUAAAUAGCUCUGAAUCUGCUCCUGACAUGAAGCCCUUGUUCCCAACAACAUUAAAUGGCUCAGAGAAUCUUGUUGAAUCUGCAGCUCCUCUGGAGGGUAAUACUGCACUUCAUUCUUUGUUGAGCAAUGCAAACAAAACCGAUGUUUUUUCAUCUGUUUCUGAUGCUAAAUCUCUAGAUGUUACCAUGUCAACUAACUCGAGCAAUCCAGGCAAAUCAGUAGGCUGCUUUGGAGAUACAGUUGUGCACACCAAGCAUUCCAAUGCAGCUCAUGAUUCUAGACUGCACUGGGAUCUUAACAUUGCGAUGGAGGCGUGGGAUACCCAUUGUGGUGAUGAUGAUAAUCAUGAUCUGGUUGGUUCUGAUUCUGUAGCUUCUGUAAGUGAUUGUAAUGAUGCUCAAAAGGAGAUGAACAAAUCACAGGUGUGUCAGGGUCUUUCUCUGUCAACAGUUGGUGAGGUCACACUUCAUCAUUCUGUUGAUAAAAUUCACGCGACUGAUGCAGCAAAAGAUGGUAAGACAAAGGGUGAAAGUGAUUUCCUAGGUGAUGGUUCAUUUCAUCCUUUGUGCAGUCGGUCUCCCCAAAAAGUUCAGCUAUUGGAAUCUGAAUGUUUAGAUGGAAAUGAUUCCUCUGCCGAAACAAAUAAUUUGCCUGACCUGCAGAAGAGUAGUUAUGUUUCUAAAGUGGAGUUGCAUAUCGGAUCUAAUCCAGCUUUGAGUUCUCUGUCUCUUACUACGGAACAUUUUGCUUUUGCUGCAAACGUGGAGAAACUUGAUGUGUCACACACUUCACCCCUUGAUUGUGAAGGUUUGUCUCACUUGACUUCUGCGGAUGUUCAUGCUGGAGGUAUUUCGAUUCAAACAAGUGUUCUGGGCUCCAAAGUGAAGCCUAUGACAAGCAGAUUAGUUUCGGAGGAAAGCACAAAUAUUGCAACAGUUUCCGGUAGAAGUUUUAAUGAUGCUGGGUGGAGCGAUGAUAAACUUGGGCAAGCUUCACUACAAAGCAUAUCCGAAUUUAAAAACCAUGAACUUUUGGAUGUUGAUUCAGGAACUAGUAAAAUUGAUCAGUCGGUCAAUGACAAGGCUGAACAUGACACUGAUGUAUUGUGUGUUGCCAAGAAAGCUGCAGAUGCAGACAAUGAUUCAGACCUCCCAGAUUCUCAUCCGGAGGUGGAUGCAACAAUUAAUUACAGAAAUCGUUUACUUACUUGUGCCAACGCUGCCAGUGCAGAAACAUGUUACAUCACCAGUGAUAUUCAUGCUCAUGGUCUCAAUUCAGAGUGCACAAAACAAGCAGCUACUGACAUGGACAACAUUCUGGAUUCAAAAUCUAGAGCACAAAGCCAACCAAGUGGUUACAAACAUGAUCUUCAGAAGGUCACAUCAAAUAAUUGCCUUCAACACUGCUAUCGGACAGACACAUCUCGUUUCAGCAAAGAUCUUUCUGUGACCGGAAAAGUUGAUGUUGAGGAAGAUGAUUCUCAGUAUGAGGAUGGGGAGCUUAGGGAAUCUGGUGACCGUUUUUGGGCCGAUGACAUUUAUGAAGUUAAAUGUGCUGAUUAUCAGGUAUUAGAUUACAAGGAUGAAAAAGCUGCAUCAGAGAUUCAUCAUGUACCUGUUGGCUCUGUUCCAAACAAUAUGGUUGUGCCAGUUGCUAAUUACAAUGGAACAUUAUCCAGGAAGGAAGAUUGUGAUGUUUUACCCGUAUCAUCGAAGCACUUAUGGUCAAGUAACUGCUUGGAUGGUGGAUCUGGAAUGAUGUGUUCUGCAAGUGCUCGAAGCAUUCAUGUGAAUAUGAAAAAUGAGACACGAAUGUAUGACAACCUAGACCUUAUAAUAGCUCGAUCUGCUGGGACCGUUAGCCAGUCUGAAAGGGGGGGUGAUGGUUUAGGUGAGGAUUCAUUGAGUAUCAGAUCAAAGCCCGUGGGAUGGGAUAUGUUGCCCGAAGAUAAGAGGCACUCUCAACAAGAUUCAAGAGACAAAGUUGAUUCUCCUAACCUGUGUGUUUUAGGUACAUUAGAGGCAGCUGAAGCCUGUGAAUCGUUUCGACAAACGGGGUUCCCAAAUAGAGACGUGCAAUCAUGGCUUGAUCGGCGAAGAUCAUUUGACAGACCCCAAAGAAAUGAGCACUGCAGAUCUGAUGAUGGUUAUGGUUCUGGCUCAAAAGCUGAAAGGUCUGUUGAUAGGCCACAUGGUAGGGGUGGAGCAUCUAGGCAUAUUCAAGCAAACAUCCGAGGGGAGCAGUGGGCUGAAAAUUCAAAUAGUUCUCGUUCUACCCAGCGAAGAUCACCUGAUUAUAAUAAUUAUGGCCCAGCUGGUCCAAGAAAUGCUGCUGAAGCUGCUGUUGCAAAGAUGGAGAGCAGUGGCUUUGUUGUUGCACCUGAUGGCACUUUGGUAAGAGCUGUUGAUGCAGCAAAUACAAGUGCCAUGUCCGGAAGGAUGAGAAACAAAAGUAGCUUCUAUCACCCUUUGUCUAGACGGCGUUCCCCAGUUGACAGAGAUGGAAGAGAACCAGCACAUGCUAGGGAAGCACCUCCAGAACGAUGCUUUGGUGCUAGUGGCAGCCGGUCUGGUCGAUAUGGUCCUCAGAUGGAUAAAGAUGCCAUUGAUGAAAAUUUGGGUUCAGUUCAUAGCUCACUGUCUAAUAGACAACGGAGGUUCCCACCGCAUAGAGCCUCACUCGACCUUUCACGUGCUCACAGCAGAUCUCCUUCAGGAUCUAGAUCUCGAUCACCACAUGCUUGGACAUCCAACGGAAGCUCAAGGAGGCAUAGUAGAUCUCCUAAUUACAUGACUGAAGUUAGAAUUGGUAGAACGACUUCACCUCAAAGACAACCUCGAUUCAGUGAUCGAGUUAUGCGUCAUAGUCCUUCAUCAAGAAAUCCCACUUACUCUGAACGUGAUUCAACAUGGGUUGAAGGAAGGAGCUGUUCAACACUAGAUAUUUCUUAUCACAAGAAAAGAUAUUCUCGGAGGAGCCCACCUCCAAGAAUCACUUCAAGAAAUGACAUGUAUGAUUUAAUGGAUUCCCAAGGGCGGUCAAGAUCUCGAGAAUUCCACUGCCCAACACGGGACUUCAAAAGGGGAAAUAAGCAUGAUGGGAAUGGUGAUGAUAAAAGAUGUAAUGAUAGGUAUGGAACUGUCAAACCAUAUGAACAUAAUGAUGCUGCGAAGCAGUUCAGGAAUCAUGCUGGAGAUACACUUCAUCCGCACAUUUCUGCACCCAGAUCACCUGAACCGCAAAGAGGAAGCCCUCGGAGAUUUUGACGAGGACUUUGAGAGGAAGCUGGUUGUGUAUUUGCCUCGUUGUUGUGGAACUAAAGCAGAUAAUAAGAAUCCUUGAGUUUUGAUUGAACUGGAAAGGACAAUACUGCAAAUCCAUGAUGAUAUCAAUCAUUACUAUUUGACAAAGGGUCAUCUGUUCAAGCCACAUAAGAGCUGAAAUUAUGCACCUCUCGGAGUGAAAUGCAGAUUAACUUCACAAUUUUCCAGUUUUCCCUUGUAAAUAUUUAUAUCAGUAGUAGGACCACAGUUUUCCCUUUUGGCUUUUCUUUUUAUUCGAUAUUUUACCUCUCCCUUUGCAAUCUUAUUUAAUGGGCAUUAUCCCUGUAUGAGAUUUACUUAAACAGGUUCAAUCAAUUGAAGCCUCCUGGCAUCUCUUUUGUCA